UAUAGUUGUUUUACUGUAUUUUAUUGAAUCAACACUAUACCUUCUCCCACUAAGAACAGUCACUACCACUCCCACCAUAUAAAUAAGCUUCCUCUUUGUCCUACUUUCCCGUACUGGGCAUCCCUGAGUUCACUUACCGAAAAAAGAGGUUUCUGACAAAUAUUUUCUGAGGCUCGGAGAUAUUUUCCGCCAAUUUGUUGAAGGUGAAUCUUGUAUGAGGAGUUUUAUUCCCUCAAAACUGAAAAGAACAGUGCGUGUAGUUAAGUUUGAUUCGGUUUGACUUUAAGUGCUUAAAAAAAACGACAGCCGUUGUUUUUAAACCAUCAAGAUUUGAUUUGAGGCUAAAUUACGGAAACUCGUGGUGCUUGAUGUGCCACGGCUUUGACCGAUGGAUGGUAAGCAGAGAGCUCUAAGAGGCGGCGAAGUAAGGACGGUGGAAAACAAGGCCCCAAAUGAGGAUCAAGUGGUCGUUGAAAUCAGAGGCGAAGAGACUUCAAAGAACAGUAUAGAGUCUUCUCCCAGAGCCUCCGAAUCCUGCAGGCAAAGCAAGGCGUGCUCCGAGUCCACUACUGGGUUCUCAAGACCGGCCAAAAUUAGCUGCCCGUCGCCGGAGAUCUCGAGGUUCAGUCGCAGCCACAGUAAGCCUCCUAAAAUUCAGACCACCAAUGAGAACCUUGCACAAAGACAGUCUCUGGCAAGGUCAGUAUAUUCCAAACCACCGAAAUCAAGAUUCGGGGAACAACCUCAUUCUAGUUACGGCAAUGUGUGUGAUGAGAAUGGUUCAAGUUUGCUUAAUAACAAAUUGUCAAGGAGCGCUAUUAGAAGGGUCUCGUUGAUGGCGUCUCCGGGGCGGGAUGCGGAAGAAGAGAUUUACAAGUUGGUCAAGUUGAGAAAAGAGAAGCAUAGGAGAGUGAAGAUUAAGGUUUUGGUAGAGCUAAUUACGUUUGUGAGCAUUUUGGCGUGCUUGGUGGCUAGCUUAACUGCCGAGAGAUUGAAGAUUUUGAUGGUGUGGGGUUUGGAGUUUUGGAAAUGGUGUGUGCUUGUGAUGGUUAUCUUCUCGGGAAUGUUGGUUACCAAUUGGUUUAUGCAUGUGGUUGUGUUCUUGAUUGAAAGGAACUUUUUGCUAAGGAAGAAGGUGCUGUAUUUUGUUCAUGGGUUGAAGAAGAGUGUUCAGGUCUAUAUUUGGUUGAGUUUGGUUCUUCUUACAUGUGUAUUGCUUGUCAAUCACGGGGUUAAGCGAUCGAAGACCGCCACCAAGCUUUUGGGUUAUGUUACCCGGACUCUUGUUUCGCUUCUAGUUGGAGCAUUUUUGUGGUUAAUGAAGACUUUGUUGCUAAAGAUCUUGGCAUCGAAUUUCCAUGUGAACACCUUCUUUGAUAGAAUUCAGGAAUCAAUCUUCCAUCAGUAUGUACUUCAGACCCUUUCGGGGCAUCCCCUUAUAGAGGAGGCAGAGAGCGUUGGGAAAUCAGUGGGCACUGGUCGGUUGACCUUCACGAGUACGAAGAAGAAGAUCAGUAAAGGAAACAAGGAGGUACAGGUAAUUGAUAUUGGGAAACUUCAUAAGAUGAAACACGGCAAGGUUUCUGCUUGGACCAUGAAGGUGUUGGUUGAUGCAGUGAUGAGUUCAGGGCUUUCCACAAUCUCGCAUGCACUAGAUGAGAGUGUUGAUGACGAAGGUGAUGAGCAGACAGAUAAGGAGAUUACCAGUGAGAUGGAAGCAACUGCCGCUGCCUAUAACAUUUUCAUUAACGUCGCUCGGCCUGAUUGCAAGUACAUUAAUGAGGAGGACCUUCUGAGAUUCAUGGUUAAGGAAGAAGUGGAUCUUGUGUUUCCACUGUUGGAAGGAGAGGCAGGAAGGAUCGACAGAAAAGAUCUUUCAGACUGGGUGGUGAAGGUCUACAAGGGCCGCAAAGCACUGGCACAUGCUUUAAACGACACAAAAACUGCUGUCAAGCAGUUAAACAAAAUUGUGACGGUGAUCCUGAUUGUUGUGACCACUCUUGUGUGGCUUCUUUUGAUGGAAAUUGCAACAACAAAAGUUCUUCUCUUUCUCUCUUCACAGCUUGUGGUGGUGGCUUUCAUCUUUGGAAAUACCUGCAAGACUAUAUUUGAAGCUAUUAUAUUUGUCUUUGUAAUGCAUCCAUUUGAUGUUGGCGAUCGAUGUGUCAUUGAUGAUAUUCCGAUGAUGGUUGAAGAGAUGAACAUUUUAACAACAGUCUUCCUGAAGCUCGAUAAUGAAAAGAUAUAUUAUCCAAAUUCAGUUUUGGCCACGAAACCCAUCAGCAAUUACUACAGAAGCCCUGAUAUGACUAGUUCUGUUGAAUUCUCGGUUGAUUAUAUGACACCAGUAGACAGGAUUGGGAUGCUGAAAGAUAAAAUUACGCAAUUGAAAAUAUCGUCAUCUUUUAGCCCUCUUGCCACUAUUCUGAAUCAAAACAAAUUGACUGGACCAAAUUAUGUGGAUUGGAAGCGUAACUUGGAUAUUGUGUUGACUGCUGAAGGGCACAAGUUUGUGCUUACUCAACCAUGUCCUGAGUUCCCAACUCUAGAUGCCUCUCAGGAGGACAACCAACGAUAUGAUCGUUGGAAUAAGUCCAAUGAGAUGGCCAAGUGUUACAUUUUGGCAUCUUUGUCAAAUGCACUCCAACAUCAAAUGCAAGCCAUGUCACUCGCUUCAGACAUCAUGUUUAAUCUAAAGGAGAUGUUUGGUGACCAAGGUCGUGCUGCUAGGCAGGACACAAUGAGGAGCCUUCUUAAUGCCAAGAUGACUGAAGGAACUCAAGUUCGGGAUCAUUGUCUAAAAAUGAUCGCGUGUUUGAAUGAGUUGAAGGUUUUGGGUGCAGAGAUUGAUACAGAAUCUCAAGUGGAUAUGAUCCUCCAGUCCCUGCCAGAGUCGUUCAAUCAAUUGAAACUUAAUGUUUCUAUGAAUAAAAAGGCGUAUACAUUAUUUGAAUUGAUGAAUGAGAUUGUCGCAGGGGAAGGCAUCCUAAAAGCCAAGGCGAGUGUGAAUAUGGCUCAGGCUUCCACUUCUAAGUCUCAGCCAAAAGGAGAAGGCGAGAAGAAGAGAAAGGGAACCAAGCAGGUAGGCAAGCAAGUUGCCCCAGAAGUAAACAUGGUUGGAAACAAGGCAGCAAAGGCAAAAGCAAAGAAAAAAUGUUUUCACUGCGAUGAAACGGGGCACUUGAAGAGAAAUUGCCCCAAGUAUCUGGCCACUAAGCGCCAAGGGGUUCCAGGAGACCAGAUGAUUGGGUGAUGGUGAGAUGUACUUGACAAUUGGAGAUGAGACGCAAGUUCUAUUGGAUUUUUACAUUUGUAUUUUAGAUCUAAAGUUUUAAUUUUAUCAAGUUGUCUUUAUGUUUACUAAUCCACGAGAGGUAUCUGCCAAAGUGACUCGUUAUCACCAUAUCUGUUCUUAAUUUAUGCGAAGGCCCUAAGCUCGUUAUUA